AUGGACCUGUCCUCAGCUAAGCUAACCAUCAACGUAAAUGAACGCGUACAUCUGUACUCUACACCUACAUUGGAGACUUUAAAACUGGGGUCAUUGUAUCCAAACGUAUUCCCUACUUUCAUUUUUAAUUUAACUCAUCUCAAGCAAUUGAAUUUGUCUUAUUCCAGCCUCAUGGGAGCUAUUCCUUGUUGCAUCUCCGAACUCAAAAAUCUCUUAUACUUGGAUUUGUCUAACAACAAACUCCAUGGUCCUCUACCACUUUUACCUCAAGGUAUCUAUCAUUCAGAUUUAUCACAAAAUAAACUUGAUGGUGAUAUCUCAUUAGAAGCUGGAGAAAGACUAUCUAGUGCAAGAAAUAUUAUUCUGAAUGGGAACGAACUUUCAGGUACAAUUCCAUCUUCAAUAUGUUCACCAGGACCACGGAAAACAUAUGAUCAGGUAUUCAUUGAUCUCUCGAACAACAAACUAUCUGGGAUUAUACCUUUUAGUAUAGGCUUCUGCAGGUUUCUUUGGUAUCUAAACCUCGGCAACAACAAUCUCUCUGGAAAUGUUCCAAAUGAGUUUCAACAAGUAGAAAGUUUACAAUAUCUUCAGUUAAGCUAUAACAAUCUCAAUGGCCUUAUACCCUACGGUUUUGGUUCAUCCAGUAACCUUAGAAUUCUUUCUUUAAGGUCGAACAAGUUCAAUGGGUCUAUUCCAGAAGGGAUUUAUCAGAUCUUUUUCCUUCAAAUACUAGACUUGUCCAAAAACAAUUUUUCUGGUUCAAUUUCAAGAGGGAUAUCGAACUUGAUGAUGCUAAGAGUUAGAACUGAUAUUGAUGGCUAUAUAUGUCCAAUGCAAAAUGGUAAAAUGCAAUUUCAGUUGGCCACUAAAGGCAGCGUGGCAGAAUUUGAUGAUCUGUACCAAUAUAGUUCAGGAAUUGAUCUAUCAUGCAACAUUCUGGAUGGAAAAAUUCCUAGAGAGAUAUCUUCUCUAAAUGGGCUUGCUAUGUUGAAUCUGUCGCAUAAUUUUUUCUCGAAUAAUAUUCCAUCAAACAUCGGAGACAUGUCUAAAUUAGAGUCUUUGGAUUUAAGUUUCAAUAGACUAUCUGGAGACAUCCCACAAUCUUUGACAAAUAUCGAUUCUCUUGGGUUUUUAAGCUUAUCUCAUAAUAAUUUAAGCGGCAGGAUUCCAAGAGGAAAUCACUUUGAUACAUAUAGUUUGGAGGGUUCUACUUUCUCUGGGAACGAUUUAUUGUGUGGAUUUCCUACAAAGAAAGAUUGUGAGGGUGACUCAAGAGGAUGCAAAACAGAAGAUAUUGUUGUAUGCUAUCACUGCCUUAGGAUUUGGAGUUGGGUUUUGGAGUUUGUUCUUAGUUUUGCUUCUAAAUAA